UGCAGCAAAGUGCCAGAUGUCUCCAUCAACAGUGACAGCCAAUCAGCAUCCAGCUCUGACAGCUCGAGUGAUGCUCUUAGCAGCUCUGACUCAGACGACCUGGAGGAUGUUGACGACGACGACGACGACGACGAUCAGAGUGAUGAUAGUGUCGACUCGGAAAAGUGCGGAAAAGAUCCGAAAGGUAUCCGAAAGGAGGAAAUGCACAUAUACAGGAAGAAGAACCGGCACACUGUAGGGCAGGAUAAGCUGGACGUCCGGGGUUUGCUUUUGUCUCAGCCGCCAUCGCACAUCCAGGCCUUGAGCUCCACAGAGGAGCCCAGCAAACACACCAGUGUCAUCCAGACCACAGGUCUAGCAGCCAGCGCAAAACCGCUUGCACUAGUCACGCAGCGGCGCAGGGACAGAGAUGCACCGUCCCCUAAAGAUCUUCCCCUGCCCUCUCCAAAACCACCUCUGUCUGUGUCUUCCUCUCCCACACUGCCCUCCUCCAGAUCUGCUCCUCUGAAGACGUGCAAGGAUUACCUCGACAACGUCAGCCAACACAGACAGUCAUCACUACCUCAGGCCUUUCCUCCACCGCUGAGAGGUGCACAGGAAUCACAGAGCAGCCAGAAACAUCCAUUUAACAAUCCGUUCCUCCCCUCACUUCCUACUGAGAACCACCAUCCCGGCGCGGUGCAGGACGCUCCUCUGGCCCUCAUUACCAAACCUCGCUCCCAGAGCACACGCGCCCCUGAUAAACCACUGCUGGCCACCACCAGCCCCGCGUUUAACAUUCCCAUCAACCUCACCAGCACGGGUCGCACCGCCACCUCGCCUGGUCUGACUCCCGGGGCAGCCCGAGGGAAGCGCUGCCAAACAGGGCGGAGGACACUGAAGAGAGAGAGACCGUCAUUGGUGGAGCACUUCAGGGGGGCGGAGUCUGAGCUCCCUGACAGCAAAGGCUCUGAUGACUUGUUAAUGGAGGACGAGGAUGAAAAUGAUGCUUCAAAUGACAGUCUCUCAGACUCUGACAGCAAUUUAGACACUGAUUCUGAUGAUGAUGAUGAUGAUGAUGAUGAUGAUGAUGGUAAAGAUGAAGAGAUGGACACAGAUUUAGAAAUGGACAGAAUGCCACUCAAACUCACCAAAUUCUCAACAUCUCUGCUAGACUCCUCCCACAGCACUAGCCCCGCCCCUCUCAAUCUACAGGUUCCUAAAACACCUGCCACAACCACACCAGCCACUGUGACCAGCUCUGGGAAUUCAGCCAAUCACAGCCCAGCUUUGUCGUCUUACAGUGUGGCCACACCACCAGGGAAAAGGAGAAGAGUCACAGAUGAAUGUGCACUGCGGAAACCUCUACAAUAUGGAUGGCAGAGAGAGACGCGCAUCACAAACAUGUCUGGGCGUUUGCGGGGAGAGGUGGCGUAUUACGCUCCAUGCGGCAGAAAGCUCAGACAGUAUCCUGAUGUCAUCAAGUAUCUGACCAGUAACGGGAUAAGCAACAUUACACGUGAUCAUUUUAGCUUCAGUGCUAAAAUCAAGGUUGGUGACUUCUAUGAAGCCAGAGAUGGACCGCAGGGGUUACAGUGGUGCUUACUGAAGGAGGAGGAAGUGGUUCCUCGUAUUCUGGUGAUGGAAGGUCGACGGGGUCGUCGCAAGAAUCUUGACGCUCUGGGUAAUCGUGCCGCUGACUCCGCUCGCUCUCGCCGGAAAGCCAGAGCACCUGACGAGGGUGAAGCCGAUGCUCUCAGCACCUCUGAGGCCAAACUUCUGCGCAGACUGGAGGCCCAGGAAAUCGCGCGGCAGGCGGCUCAGAUGAAGCUGAGACGUAAACUGGAGAAGCAGGCGCUGGCACAAGCGGCCAAAGAGGCCAGGAGACAGCAAGCAAUCAUGGCAGCAGAAGAGCGGCGGAAACACAAGGAGCAAAUGAAGAUUCUGAAACAGCAGGAGAAGUUCAAGAGAAUCCAGCAGGUCCGUUUGGAGAAGGAACUCCGUGCUCGGCAGAUUUUGGAGGCUAAAAGAAAAAAGAAAGAAGAGGUUGCAAAUGCUAAAAUACUAGAAGCUGAAAAACGAAUAAAGGAGCGGGAGAGAUGUCGGCAGCAUGUGAUGUUGAUGAAGGCGAUAGAGGCCAGGAAGAAAGCUGAGGAGAAAGAGCGGCUGAAACAGGAGAAACGAGAUGAGAAACGACUGAACAAGGAGCGCAAACUGGAGCUCAGACGGCUGGAACUGGAGAUGGCCAAAGAGCUGAACAAACCCAAUGAAGACAUGUGUCUGUCUGACCACAAGCCUCUGCCGGCGCUGUCAAGGAUAGCGGGUCUGCUGUUGCCAGGAGGAUGUUUCUCAGACUGUCUAAUGGUCAUGCAGUUCCUGCGCUGUUUUGGAAAGGUCCUGGGGUUUGACCUCAGCACUGACGUCCCGUCACUCGGCGUGCUGCAGGCAGGGCUGCUGAAUGUGGGCGACAGCAUGGGCUUCAUCCAGGACCUGCUGGUGCGCAUGCUGUCUGCUGCUGUUUGUGACCCAGGACUCCCUGCAGGACACAGGGCUAAGACUGCUCUGGGAGACCAUGUGACUAACCUCGGCCUGAACCGGGACAAUGUGUCCGAGGUGCUGCAGAUCUAUAUGGAAGCUCACUGUGGACAGACUGAACUAGCGCCUCUGGCUGAGAGCUUAAAGACCAAAGCUUUCCAGGCCCACACACUGAGAAGCAUCUAUGCUAAGAGGACGGGAAAACGGGAGAGCAGCGUUGGAGGAGAGGAGGCUCAGUUCGCCGGUGCGUCUGUGAACAGCCGUAAACGCAAGCGCAAAGGAGGAGAGAGUGACGAAGAUGAUGAGGAAGACGAUGACAGCGAUGAACAGGGAGAGGAGGAUGAGGAUGAAGACGACUUUUGUGGGAAGAAAGGGAAGAAAGCAGAGGCGUGUGAAGAUGAGGUAGAACUGAGAAGCAUCUAUGCUAAGAGGACGGGAAAACGGGAGAGCAGCGUUGGAGGAGAGGAGGCUCAGUUCACCGGUGCGUCUGUGAACAGCCGUAAACGCAAGCGCAAAGGAGGAGAGAGUGACGAAGAUGAUGAGGAAGACGAUGACAGCGAUGAACAGGGAGAGGAGGAUGAGGAUGAAGACGACUUUUGUGGGAAGAAAGGGAAGAAAGCAGAGGCGUGUGAAGAUGAGGACGAAGGUGAUCAAAUCACAAGCACUGAAGAGCUGGAGAGACAGAUCGAGAAGCUCAGCAAGCAGCAGACUCAGAUCCGUCGGAAGCUGUUCGAGGCCUCUCAUUCCCUGCGCUCCGUGAUGUUCGGUCAGGACCGUUAUAAACGACGCUACUGGGUUCUGCCGCAGUGUGGCGGGAUCUUUGUGGAGGGACUGGAGAGCGGAGAGGGUCCAGAGGAAUUGCAGAGAGAGCGUGAGAGGAUGAAGAACGCUCACCUCGUCCAGGUCAAAGAGGAGCCGACAGAAGAGCCUGAUGAAAAAUACGGCACCGCUGAGACGAAACCUCCGCAUGAUGUAGAUUCUCUCAACCUCUUCCUGCAGAGCCCGGACUCUUUCUCCAAGCUCAGCAAGCUGUUGGAAGCGGCCAAGAUGUCUUCUGAGGUCUCUUGUCACCAAUACAAUAGCCCAAAACAGCAGACUACGUUACCCAGAAGUCCUAACCAUGAUGUUAAACCUGAUCUCCACAACACCACCUACCUCGCUAACGCCCAGCAGCAGAUCCGUAACGAGCAGCUUUACAAGGUUCUGACAGAGAGAAACACUCACUGGUUCAGUCUGCUGCCUCGCUCUCCAUGUGACGUCUCGUCUCUGACUGAAGGUCCACAUUCAGCUUCAUCUUCCUCACCACAAACCACAGCGGUCUCUGCCGGCCCCUACAGCGCUGUGGGGAUCAAUAACUUUUCAUUAGCAGCACUGCAGAUGAGGUCCGGCGUGCCCAUGAUAGAUCUGCCCUUCUGUGUGUGGUCCAGUGGAAAUUUGAGUCCAGACGUGAUGUUCUCUGGGGUUUCCAUGUCUCAGAUUCUCAGUGGUGUUCACCCAUCCUCAGAGGGCAGUGGAAACCUGAACGAUUCCCCAGAGUCUCCAGCGGAGAAACCCCUCUCCACACCCUCACCUGUGAUCGAGGUGCAUAAAAACCAGGAUUACCCAUCACCUCAACCUAUUCCUGAAGCUCCUCUGUGUUUGCAGAUGAGGUCCGGCGUGCCCAUGAUAGAUCUGCCCUUCUGUGUGUGGUCCAGUGGAAAUUUGAGUCCAGACGUGAUGUUCUCUGGGGUUUCCAUGUCUCAGAUUCUCAGUGGUGUUCACCCAUCCUCAGAGGGCAGUGGAAACCUGAACGAUUCCCCAGAGUCUCCAGCGGAGAAACCCCUCUCCACACCCUCACCUGUGAUCGAGGUGCAUAAAAACCAGGAUUACCCAUCACCUCAACCUAUUCCUGAAGAGAUGUUGACUGGCUGGUGGAAGGUGACGGACAUCGAGGAGUUACGAUCCAUAGAGAAAGCGUGCCAUUCCCGAGGGAUCCGAGAGAAACAGCUGCAGAAACAGCUGCAGAAACACAUGGAUUACAUCGGGCAGGUCUGCAGCAGGAACAGAGAUGUCUCUGUGAUCGACGUCUCUGAGCUGGAGGAGAAUCAGGUCUCUGAGGACACUGUCCAGAGCUGGUGUGUGGAAGAGCAGGCCAUGGACAUGGACAUCGGUGUCCUGCAGCAGGUCGAGGAACUGGAGCACAAAGUCUCCUCAUCCAGUCUGCAGGUUAAGGGCUGGAUGCAUCCAGUGCCGCAGUCACAGAGUGAAGACCUGGUGCAUUACGAGCACAAACCUGUCAUGGAGAACUGCGAAGACAGGAGUGACUGUGGCAUCGUGCGUCGAGCAAACAACCCUCUGGAUAUAGCAGUGACGCAUCUGGCAGAGCUGGAGAGGAACAUUGAGCGAAGGUACCUGAAGAGCCCUUUAAGCAGCACCAUUCAGAUCAGACUGGAUAACGUGGGAACGGUCUCAGUACCGGCCCCUGCGCCAUCACCUGCUAAAGCUGAUGGUGACGGGGCUGAGGAAGAUCUGGCUCCAGGAUUGAAACAGUGGCGUAAAGCUCUCGGCGAGGUGCGCAGUGCCAGUCAGCUCUCUCUAUGCAUACAGCAGCUGCACAAGUCCAUCGCCUGGGAGAAAUCCAUCAUGAAAGUGUACUGUCAGAUCUGCUGUAAGGGGGACAACGAGGAGCUGCUGCUGCUGUGUGAUGGAUGUGAUCGAGGCUGCCACACGUACUGCCAUAAACCCAAGAGCACCACCAUACCAGACGGAGACUGGUUCUGCCCGGCCUGCAUAUCCCAGGCGAGCAGUCAGUCCCUGAAGACCAAGAAGCCUUUGGACCGCUCAAGCGGAGGCCUGAAGAAACCUGCUGAGGCCAAACGGCACAAGAAACCAUCUGUGGCCGGAGACUCGGAGGACGAUUCGGGCAGCGCCAACAGCACGCCCAGAAAAGUGUUAAAGGAAAUAAAAAAGAGGAAGACCGAGGAGAAUCCUUCCACUAACCCGGCAAAGCAGGAGGGUCCCGAAACAGCCAGAGAUGACAGUAAAGACCUGACCAUGUGCAGAAUACUCUUGGCUGAGCUGGAAAGCCAUCAGGACGCCGGACCGUUUCUUACACCCGUCAACCCCAAAUCUGUCCCGGGGUACCGCAAGAUCAUCAAGAAACCCAUGGACCUCUCUACUAUCAGAGACAAGCUCACCAACAGCCAGUACUUGAAUCUUGAGACUUUUAUCAUUGACGUGAACCUGGUGUUCGAUAACUGUGAGAAAUUCAACGAGGAUAAUUCAGUCAUCGGCCGAGCGGGACACACGAUGAGAUGGUUUUUCCAGAGGAGAUGGACCGAGCUGUUGAGGCAGAACUUCCAGAAACCAGGUCUCAGCACAUGAGAGCAGUUCAGAUGCAUUUACACCACGAUUCCCACCUGCUUUGCUUUGUUAAAGGACAACUGUGAGAACAUGAACGUUUUCCAAAAUAA